AUGGCAACCUGGAUGUCUGACGAUGGUCUUGGGGCCAGAGAGUCAAUCUCAGAAGCCCAUAUUCUAGUCACCGAGCUCUAUAACCCAGCGAACCAACGGGACCCCGCCAGAAUUAAUGAGAUUCAGACGCGCCUGCAGCAACUCCAGAAGACUGAGAAUGCAUGGGCAAUUGCUGAUUCACUUCUGCAAAAUGAACAUUCUGCCCAGCAUCGUUUCAUGGGGGCCCUUACAUUCACAGUGAAGAUCAAUGUCUCAUGGAAUGAAAUAAACCAAAAUUCGGCCACGGAGAUCAUGCAGCACCUGAUCAAUCGCUUUGUUGCUUUGGUAACCAAUGGUGAACAAGCAAUGGUUGUCAGAAAGCUUGCCUCAAGCUUGGUCGCCAUUUUCAGGCACCCUGUCACACCAUGGAAACAAGCUGUUUGGCAACUUGCUGCAAGCCUCGUUCACGGCGGAUACGUAUCCGAAGAACAAUCACAAGCGGUGGAUUUCCAGGAGCGGAUAUUGCCAGCUCUGAGCAAGAGUGGAUCAGGUGCACUCCUGUUUUUCUCAAUUGCGCUCGCCGAGGAGGCUCUCCGACUAGAUUCCGAACCCCAGGACGGGACUGGAGACACCUCUGCUGUCCAGCGAGCCAUACACAACAUUAAGGAUGGGUUACUCUUGGUUCAAUUUGUCCUUGGGGAGAUCAUACAGCAUGCAAAGACAGCUGGGGAUGAUGCGGUUGAUGUGGCACUAGCGGCCGAAGCCAUGAAUUCAUGGAAGACAUGGCUAGGUGUUCAUGGAAAUCGCCAACGCUCUUCUGCUGAAGAUGUAAAUGUCUUGUCUGUGCAAUGUGGCCAGACCGUUAUUGAGACAUUGAGGGUACCCAGCUUGAGUGAGAGUGCAGCUUCUAUUUUGACCCAAGCCUUUGAAAGCCGCCGCUGGGCGUUUGAUGACAACUCAUUGUGGCUUAUCUCUGAAAUUCUCGCCGAUUCAAUUGUAACGGUACAUAUCGCUGCCGUGAGGAGUGGCGACGAAGGAGCGGAGAGCAUGUCAUUUGUUGACCUUCUGAUUGCAUAUGUCUCGCAUUUGCACUUAGAUAUCUUCAGCGACCCAAUGACCCCACAAAAUGCAGCGAUCCUCACACUUAUCCACGGGAUUUUCAAAACCCCUGGCUACGCUUCCAUUGACGAUCUGGGAACCCCACGUGUCUUGGAGUUCUGGAACGAUAUUGCAGAGAGUCUUCCUGAUCAGCUUGAAGAAGGAAGCCCUAGCAAACUACUAUAUCCCAAGUCUGAAGAUUUGGAAGACUGGGGCGAGGAAGAGCGGAGUGAAUUCGGCGCCUUCCGUCAUGAGGCAUGUGAUUACUUACUUUCCGCAUACCCCGUCCUCGGUGUCGAACUGGUCACUGUCUUCCAGAGAAGCGCCACGUCCUGCCUGGAAAGUCGGGACUGGCGCAAUUUUGAGACUGCCAUGUUCUGUAUAGCUCAACUCUCAGAAGCAGUGGAUGAGAAUGGCCACGCCGACCAGUGUCUCGACGCCAUCUUUGGCAGCGAUGCUUUCGCCAGGCUCUGCGCAGGCGGGGAGACCGAAAUACCACUCAAGUCUCGUCAGACACUAGUGGAUUCAUUCGGAAAGUACGAAUCAUACUUUGAGCGCCAUAGUUCAUUACUUCCAGGAGUUCUUAACAUCCUGUUCGAAUCCCUCAACUUCGAGUUGUGUGCGCACGCAGCUUCAAGGUCUAUAUUGACCCUGUCAAAGUCCUGUGCUCGCGUCUUGACGUCAGAUCUUCCUGCAUUCUUAGAUCAACUGGACCAGUUCAGAAGCAAGCCGACGGCAACUGUCUCCACCAUGCCCAAGGUCCUGGAGGGGAUUGCGACCAUCAUCCAGAGCUUGCCUAGUGACCAGGAAAAGGUACAAACGUUAGAGAGAAUUCUCGGCUUCUUUGUUCAGGAGGCUAAGACAGCACGGGAAGAGGUUACCGGUCCUGCUCAUGAAUUUGGGCGUCUACGCGGACAUCUUGUGCUGAGCUGCAUUGCAAGUAUCGGGAAAGGCCUUCGUUCAGAGAGCGAGGUCAUUGAUAUCGAGCUUACAAAGGAAGGAAACCCAUAUCCUCCAUCGUUCUGGAACUCUGGACCAGGCUCUGAAGCACAACGCCUGAUUAUGGAGGCCAUGAGACUUUUGAUUGUCGAUUUCCCCGUGGACAGCAGCAUCAUUGAAGCAGCUUGCGACAUUUUGAAAGCCGGCUACACUGAGCGGGCAGGGCUUUUCGUAUUCCCGCCCUCUAUGACAGUGGACUUCAUCAAGAGCUUUCCCUUAGGCAUCUCCGGGACAGACGUUAUCAUGGCGACCGCCUCGUCAUUUCUGGCAUCUCACGCUCGGCAUGCGAUGAACAUUCGCAGUGAGGCAGAGGCGCUCAUCGAUCAUGUAGCCCAGCUCUUCUCCUCGAUGCUCCAAAAUCCGGAUGUGUACGACCCAGAGACCGCCAAUGCCGGUAUUGAUUUCCUGACCCGCCUUUUACCCAAGUACUACCCGAUAUUGUUUACUCCCAUGAAGUCAAAUCUGAGCGCAGAGUCUCCUCUCGCUGUGCUUCUUCAUUUCACGCUUCACGCAUUGACACGACCUGAACCACUUCCUCUUAGAGCUGCGUCUGCAUUCUGGGUUGCAUUAAUAGAUCUCCGAGGCAGCUCUCCAGAAGAAAUGAACAUACUCGAAUCAGUCCAUCAGGAAUUUAUUCCACGCUUGUGUUACACAAUCAUUCAACAGAUUGCAGGCCGAUGUGCAAGAUCGGACUUGGUCUCUCUCAAUGAUGCCCUGCGACGCACUAUCUUCAAGAAGAUGGCAUUGACGCGCCCGGCUCUGAAGGCUGCACUCGACUCUUUGAACGCCCAGGUCACAGACGCAAACGGGCAACAAGUGCCGCUCCUGUCGGCGCAAGACAAGACGCGGUUCUUGGAGUCUCUCGCCAUUGCUAGAGGUGGCCAGAAACUGUCUCUAGAUCUUGUGCGUUCCUUCUGGUUGAAAUGCCGUGGGAUGAAUUUCGAUUAUGCCCAGUGA